GCAGCCUCCCGGGUGAGUCACGGUGGUGACAGCAGGGUGACAGCACAGUCCCCUCACCUACGCACACGGCACAGCCUUCUGUGGUGGGUUUUUCUUUUUAAUUCCUAGAAAAAUAACAGAUGCUCUUGUUGAGGGGGAGAUUCUUGGAAUCCGUUCAGGCUGAACCUGGAUGUGACCAAACUCCCGGCUCCCCUCGAACAAGCCCUGCGGGAGCCGCGGAAAUCCCCUGCCCAUGGGUGGUUACUCCGCCGGCCCAUGCCGAGGGCGAGGAGCCUCCCCCUACGGCAAACACCGACAGCAAACAGCCUCCACACCCAAAUCCCACGCCUCCUGCCCGCUUUCUUUGGAGCUUCCACUUAAAGGAGCCCUUUUCAUUUGUCUCCCGUGCGAAUCAAAGCUGGGACCCCCUGCACCUCCAUGCUGCACUGACAGAAUGCAGCACAGGGGGGUUUUCCAGCUUCAGCUGUCUGGGAAUGGCUCCCGAGGACCCACAAGAGGUGACAGAGCAUUCCCCACUCCCAUCCAUGCUGCAGCAUCAGCCCAUCUAGGAAAUUUUAGCAUGGGGACCUGAGCUUCUCCAUAGCCCAGGCCCAAGGAUGGAGAUUAGAGGCCAAACACAGUUGCUCAUCCCAGGAGUCACCAUCAGACAUUACCACAGAAGGAUUCAGUGGAAAACAUUCCUCCCACAGCUUAGAUUAGAGCCUGACCUGCAUGAGGGCAUGCAGCAGGUCCCAGAGUUCUCCCCAGGUGUGUCAGUGACUACAGCAAGGCCCCAGGACAGAGCCAAGGACCAGGACACCACAGCCAUGGGGAACACAAGAUCUGCUGCCAGGUGGACACCGAGGACCUGCUCCAGGUGGAUCUGGACAGCUCCAUCCUCUCCAGGUCACACCAGGGAAGACACAGCCACCACACUGAGGGAACAGCUCACCUUUAGCCCUUGGUGCAUCCCAGGGAAGAGCAGGAUCUCAGGAGCAGCUCCAAGACACAGCCACAAGACAGAACACUCCCUUCUCAUCAGUCCAAACCCAAGAAGUGGCUUCCAGGUCCUUUUAUAGAGCCCAGGGAGGCAAAUAACCUCCAGCUGUGCUGGCCCUGAUGAUUAAUGGUUCACACCUCUGUAAACGAUCCUGGCCUGAGCCCCCAUCCCAGCGUGCCCAGAGCCAGGCACUGACAGUGACCUCAUCCAGCAGCCAAAACAGAGUCCUGGGAACUCCCAGGAAGCCCUCACUGCUUGUUCCCCUGUGGCUGCUCUGUCUGGGCUCUCCCUCCUCACCAAAACAGGGUUUGGCCUUUCCCAGGAGGCCAAUCCCAGCCACCAUCCAAGGCUGUAUCCCUCUUGAAGGGGCUGUUCAGGAUGACCCCAUCAGUGAUCCUUUCUUGUAGGUUUGGGGUUGAAUUCCACACCUAAGGCUUCAUGACAUCCACUUCUUUUCCAGAUCUGUUUUUGGGGCCAAAAGCAGAAAGUGAGGUCCCACCACCAGCCCCCUGCCCUCGGGUUUCUCCCAUGAGAGCACAGUCCCACUUCCCAACCCACCUACAUCACAGGCAGGCCCUGCUCUGAUUUACCAGCUCAAAAACCCCAAUACCAGCCCCAGCCACCCAUGCCGACCCUGAGGAGAUGCAGCUCCACGUCUGGAGACCACCAGCACCUCAAGGAGCCUUUCAUGGCCACGCUGGACCCAGUGUGGCCAAUUGUCUCUGUGUCUGCUCCUCCUGUAGAUGUUUUCCUACAGAUCCUGUGGGAUAACGUGAGGUCCAGAGGGGUCUGAUCCUCUGUCCUCAGCUACACCAGGGUGUAACUGGUGACACAAGUUCCUCAGUGUGGGCUGAGAAGUUGAGUUAUGCACAAGAUCCGGCGCUCAGGAGUCACCGACGUGGCCUCUGCUCCGAGGGGAAAGUGCUGACUCAGAGAUCCUGCCUGGGGGCCCUGAUGUGGCAUUUUCUAGCCCAGGAUGUCACUUCCUCUCUGUGCGGGGCCUCGGUGGGGCUCGAGAGACAUCAGGGUUCCCAUCAGAAGGGCUGACUCCAUCCCUGGGCACACGGGCAGCUACAGCCUUUAUCCUACAGGAUUUAUGCCCAUUCCCCAUCCCAGGCACAGCCUGGAUCGUGGCUGUGCUGCACCCCCAACCCCCAGCACAGCUUCUGUCCUGGGGCAGCACCCAUCCCUCUCCCUGCUCCGGGGGCAAAGCCCUGGGUCUGCAACGAGCCAACUCCAGGCCCAGCUCAAAGCCUUGCCCAGCCCUGCCCCAUCCAGGCCCAGCUCAGAGCCCCCUGGGAGGCAAAGCCAGGCUUGAGAAACCCCCUCCAUGGGCAGAGCAAGGGGUCAUUGAGGCAGCAGCAGGAGAGGAGCUGGGGAGCCCGGAGUGGUGUCCAUAACAAAGCUCCCCAGGCUGCAGAGGAAGGGGAAGAGGCUCCCCUCCCUCCUCUUCCUCCCUCCCGCGUGGGGAUUUUGCAGCCAGGUAAACACAGGAUGUUGAUGAAACAGGGCUGGGCAGAUUGGGCAACCCAGGAGUCAGCAGGAGCUCCAGGCAGCUCCCAACGCCUGGAAUGGCCCUGCAGCCGGGAAAGGGCAACGCCAGAGCCCCUGGCACCUUCCUCUACCUGUCCCCAGGGUCACAGAACUCCCCGGCUCGCAGGGAGAGGCAGCACGGGCUGAUGGCCAAGCCAGGGCAGGGUGGGCUACCAUUCUCUGUGCCCUUGGGUGAUCCUUGGGAUCCCUUGGGAUCUCUUUGCAGGCUGAGCUGAGCUCAGUACCAAACCCCAAAGUUCAAGCUUUGACACCCAACCAACAGCAACCGUGUGGCACCUCCUGUGUCACUCUGAACACUGGGGACGUGCAGGGCACAGGGAUGAGGGGACAGAUCCCCCAGGAUCCCACCCUGCCGGGCAUCGGCUCACGGCUGGCACAGAGACUUGGGAUAGGCACCCAGGGACCAGCUGAACACUGCAGGGUUUGGCUCCCGACCCAGAAAAGGGGCCACAGACCAGCCCAGCCUCUCCUGGGGUGCAGGUGCUGCUGUCACCCCCACCGUGACCACGUGUGCUCAGGCAGCAGCCAGGGACAGCGGGCCACCAGCGAGCCACGAGCGGGCCACCAGCGAGCGCAAGGGACCUGGAGCCUGCCCGGGGAGCGCGGCCGGGGCAGCGGGAGGGGUCGGGGACGGGUUGUGAUGUAGGAGGUGACAGAGAUGUCGAAGGGGCUGCCUGCCUCACUGGAGGCUGAGCGGAGGGGCAGGUGGCGCUGUCCCCAGUGUCCCCAGUGUCCCCUGGGGCACUGCUGCCAUCUGCUGGCAGGAUCCCAUCCUGCUCCGGUCCUGAGCCUGGCCGCCGCGCCAGCCUGGGGACCCUUUGUGUCCCUCUGGGGACCCUCUGUGACCCCACUGUCCUGUGCCCCCUCCCAGGCACUGUGGGACCACGUCUGGCUCCGGUCCGCACACCCCAAGGUGCCCCCAAAUCCCCCCUGCUGCCCCCAGGAAUCCGAACCCCUAAACUGCUCCCUGUGUCCCCCAAGGCACAGCUGAUUGUCACCCCCAAAACCCACUCCUGGGCUGCAGGUUUCUCCCACACCGAGCCCUUCCCGGACACCCUCCCUGCCCUAUUGUUCCCCGUGUGGGAUGGCCUGGAGUGGCCUCUGCAUCAUCCAUUUGGGCUGAUGGAGCAGGGACAGGAUCAGGCUGCAGCAGCGGGGGAGCAGCGGCUCUGCUGGGCUGCUUUCCCCAGGGAACAUCCAGCUCCAUCCCCCCCAAGGCUGCUGAGGGGCAGAGGAGGCUCAUCCCAAGAUGAUUUCCUGCUGCAUUCCCAUCCCCUGGGUCUCUCUGGGAUGUGGGGAUUUGCUGAGUCCCCUCCUCCCUGUGACAGCCGAGCACAUUCGGAGCCUCUUCCCACGGCCUCCCUGACCCUCCUGCCCUUCCCAGCACCUCCGUGUCCCCUGGGAGCAGCACAUCCCAGGAUAACCAUUGGGGACUGUGCCUCGCUGGGUGUGGGGACACCCGGGGACACCCAGUGACACCCUGCACAUCCCUCUGCCCUUCCCACGGGCACUGGAAGUGGCCUCAGUGGGGUGCUAGAGGGCGUUUGCUUUUCGGAUGCAGUCGGGAAGUGGGAAUAAGGUUUGGGAGAGGCGAAUCGCCGAGCCCAUGUCCCCGCAGUGGCCCUACAGGCACCAUGGCUCAUCCCACCCCGGGCAGAUGGCAGCAGCAUCCUGCUCCUCGCUGGAAAAUGCCCAAACCCCCGGGCAGGGACUGCGCUGCAGCUGUCCCUGGUUUAAUUCCUCGCAGCAAAGCGAGGCGGUGUCUGGCGGAUUUUCCAUGCGCUCCCUGCCCCAGCCCACACACAGGAAGGCUGAACAGCUCCGGAGACCUUGCCGCUGGGAAUGCUCCCCGGCGUGCGAGCCCUGCAGACUCCGUGCCUGACGCCCACGGGAGCAGCAGGAAGUUUUAGUGCUCAGUUUUAGUCUAAAAGGGAUUUUUAUUCCCUAAGCCCUGCAGAAGAAAACUGGGAAAAAUCAACCCGCUCAAGGGGCCACAGCCCAAAGAGCCAAUAUCAGUUGUGCUGAAAGCUCGCUGUUCAGAGCUGAGCCACGGAGGGUUCGCUCUGAAUUCCAAAGAAACCAGGUGUGUGCAUCCACCCGCCUCCCUCCGCCUCCGCCAUUCCCACCCGCCGCCAUUCUCUUGCUUCUGGAACAACCAUUCCCACCAAGCCCCCCUUUGGCAGCUCAACCAGAGACUCCCCCAUCAGCGCUGCCCGUGCUCUCCAAACACCCUUCCCAAAAUCCUCAGCCCGUGCCCAGCCCAUCACCAUCCCUUCUCCAUCCAAACCCCGGCCGCUGCCCACCACUCACCGCGAGGGAAACGCCAAAUCCUUCUGCCAUCCUUUGGCACAUGGAUCCCCUGGCACUCGGGUGGGCUGGCACGGCUCCCCCCGCCUCCGCCGCACAUCUGGGCAGCUGUGGCCGCGGCGGGCCCCGCGUGGUGCCCCGGCGGCGCUGACAUCAGCGCGGUUUCCUGCCCGCCGGCGCCGCCGCACCGUGUGCGCAGCCCCGACCCCGCAGCCCCGCGGGCCCCGGGACCCUCCUGCAAGACCCCCAGAGCCAUGGAGUCGGUGGCCCUGUACAGCUUCCAGGCGACGGAGAAGGACGAGCUGCCCUUCCAGAAAGGCGACACCCUGAAGAUCCUCAACAUGGAAGAUGACCAGAACUGGUACAAGGCUGAGCUGUUUGGCCGCGAGGGCUUUGUCCCCAAAAACUACAUCAGGGUCAAGCCACACCCGUGGUACGCGGGCAGGAUCUCCCGGCACCUGGCAGAGGAGCGGCUGCUCCAGCGCAAUCACCUGGGAGCCUUCCUGAUCCGCGACAGCGAGAGCGCCCCGGGCGAGUUCUCCCUCUCCGUCAGCUACGGGAAGCACGUCCAGCACUUCAAGGUGCUCAGGGAGAGGAACGGCAAAUAUUUCCUCUGGGAGGAAAAGUUCAACUCCCUCAACGAGCUGGUGGAUUUCUACAGGAUGACCACGAUCACCAAAGAGCAGCAGAUUUUCCUGUGGGACGAGGACCAGACCCAGGAGCAGGCAUCCCAAGGCUCAUCCUCGUCCCGUGGUGGCACAGCGUCCCCAUCAGGACCCAGGCAGUGCUACCCAGUGCCGGGGGCUGGCAGAUGGGGACCCCUCUCCUCCCACCAACCCCCGCCCUCGGCUUCCCUGCAGGUGAAGAGACCCCAAUUUGUGCAAGCCCAGUUCGACUUCUCAGCCCAGGAGGGCUCCCAGCUGCCCUUCCUCCGCGGGGACAUCAUUGAGGUCCUGGACUGCCCUGACCCCAACUGGUGGCAGGGGAAGAUCUACGGCCGCGUUGGGCUCUUCCCCCGGAGCUACGUCCACCCCAUCCACAAGUGACCUUCAAGUGACCAUCCAGGAGUGACCUUCAAGUGACCAUCCAGGAGUGACCCUCACCACGCUGACCGGGCAGGACCCGGCCCCGUUGUCCCCGCUCACCUGAGCUGCCCACACAGCCUGAGUGUCCCUUUGUCCCCAGGAUGGUGCCUGGUCCUUGACCCCCUGCUCUGUGUCCCCCAGCCCAGGGAUGGGGCUGGCAGUGCUGCUCCCCGGGGAGGGAGUGUGGAGUGUUCAACCACGGCCAUAAAAGCUUUUCCAGAGGCACAAUCCAGUGGGAUGACAGCAUUAGAGGGAGUGAGCCCAAAACCCCAAACCCUGAAUCCUCUCCAAACCCUGUAAGCAAAGCCCCAGCUCCAGGGAGGGCUGCAGGCAGCCAGGACACAACCAGGAUCCACAACUCCAUGGAGGAAUUCCAGCACUCAGGGUACCAGGGAAGGCUGAUCCAGGGGGAUUCCAUCCUGUGGGUGCUGUUCAUAGCUGCAAAUUGUGAUACUUUUUAAUAUUAUUUUUUUAUUUAGGACCAGUAAAAUGUGUUUGGGUGUUGCCCCUAA